CUAAAAUCAGAGGACGACUGUGAGGAGAACGUGAGGAAUACCUGCCCUGCGAUACUUAGAGAAAUUUACUCCUGGCAUAAGGAUGCAACCAGAAGAGUUUACAUCAUCUGUGACACUUCAUCCUCCAAACACGUCGGUCACUCCAGCAUAUCUGGAUUUCUUCAACUCAACAGACUGGCAACUAGUGUUUUCCAUAAUCCCACCAUACAUAUUCAUCGUCUGCUUGACGGGAAUUCUGGGAAACUCCUUUGUAUUGCUGGUAUUCCUGCUCCAGAGAAGCCGAUGGUCCGUCCCAGAGAUCUACCUUGGAAAUCUGGCCCUGGCUGACCUAAUUUUACUAGUCUGCUUGCCUUUUUGGGCCAUGAAUAUCCUUAAUUAUUUCAUGUGGCUGUAUGGGGAAUUCAUGUGCAAAGUGGUCAACAUGUCCAUCAUAGUCAACAUGUACACGAGUAUUUACAUGCUAGUUAUGGUGAAUGUGGACCGAUACCUAGCGCUCGUAUUGACCAUGAGAGCCCGAUGGCUUCGGCGUAAACGCUACGCUAGGCUAAUCUGUGUAAUCCUCUGGUUGUUUGGAUUGGGAAUGGGCGCUCCUACUGCUGCCAUGAGAAAACUGAUUGACAUUCCUGCUCACCAAUCUGUCGAAUGCAUGUUGAAUUAUCCUAAUGUGAAUUGGAGAAUCGCGCAUCUACUGCAGCUCAACAUUGUUGGAUUUGCUCUACCAUUUUUAGUCAUUACGUUCUGCUGUUUUAAUAUAGUACGGGCUUUAAAGCGUAGACGAGACAGCGGUUAUUGGGAAGACGGAAACGACCGGAAGGCUACAAUCCUAGUGUGUGCAGUCACUUUUCUUUUCUUCUUCUGCUGGGGUCCGUUUCAUUUCUUAACGUUCCUCGACUUGCUUUGCGAUCUCAAGGUUUUGGAUGAAAAGGAGUGGGCCCAUUUUCUGAAUAUUGGAAACCAGUUUUCUGUAUAUUUGGCGUUCUCUAAUAGCUGCUUGAACCCGGUGUUGUAUGUUUGCUCAGGAAACUAUUUCAGGAGGAAAGUCAGCAGCAUAUAUAAGAGGAGAAAACGCUCCUCAGAUGGGACGGCUCUACAGAGGACUGUUUUGACCUCUACGACAACCACCAAUCAAAUCAAGCCUGUGGUUCUGAAUUAAAAAAACUAGUGCUGAAUGUUUAUAAUGCAGGAAUGAUGAUAAUAUGGGCAUGUACACCUGGUCACUUCAUGCGUUUUUAUACUUCAGAUAGCUAUCUGAUUUCUUGGUAAUUAGGCAAGCUAUUGUAUAACGAUGGUUUGUUCUGUAGACAAUCGAAAAAAAAAUAGCUUAAAGGGGCUAAUAAUUAUGACCUUAAAAUGGUUCAUAAAUUUAAAACUGCUUUUAUUCUAGCCGAAAUAAAACAAAUAAGACUUUCCCCAGAAGAAAAAAUAUUAUCAGACAUACUGUGAAAAUUUCCUUGCUCUGUUAAACAUCAUUUGGGAAAUAGUUAAAGAAAAAAAUUCAAAGGGGGGCGAAUAAUUCUGACUUCAACUGUGUCUGACCACAUGAAUUUAUCUCUGGAUAUGAUACCAUCUUCAAAUCCAGUGUUAUAUGCAAAUUUAACUAGGUUAUGUCAAUAAAAGUGUCAGAAACACCAAAUUAAUUUUUUUUAUGUCGACUAGAGCAUCAGAUACACCACCUUUUAUUAAAUUAAUAUUAUUUACAUAAGUUUA